AAAUCGGUAAAACUUGUUAAAACCACUCUCUUCCUUUCUAAUCAAUUAAUCAUCAGCCUCAAGUCUCUUUCCUUUUUUCCAAUCAUUCCUCGUUAUCUCCAAAGCUCCGUUAAUCUAAUCAUCUCCAAUCUUUAUCAAAAAUCCAAUGGAUCAAAGGCCUCUGGGAUUGCUAACGAUCCACGUCAAAAGAGGGAUUAAUCUCGCCAUUCGCGACCAUAGAAGCAGCGAUCCUUAUGUUGUUAUCACCGUCGCCGACCAGACAUUGAAGACGCGCGUGGUGAAGAAAAACUGCAACCCUGUAUGGAAUGAAGAAAUGACCGUUGCUAUCAAAGAUCCCAAUGUCCCUAUCCGCUUGACAGUGUUUGACUGGGACAAGUUCACUGGAGAUGACAAGAUGGGAGAUGCAAACUUAGACAUUCAACCCUACUUAGAGUCUCUCAAAAUGGGGAUGGAGCUUCUGAGGCUACCUAAUGGGUGCGCUAUCAAAAGGGUUCAGCCGUCCAGGCACAACUGUUUAUCUGAUGAAAGUAGUAUUGUGUGGAACAAUGGUAAGAUCACGCAAGACAUGAUCCUUAGGCUAAACAAUGUCGAGUGCGGCGAGAUUGAGGUCAUGCUUGAAUGGCAUGAAGGUGCUGGUUGCAGAGGUAUCACUUCCAAAGGAGUAGGUGGAGGCUCUUCCUCUACCUAAAGAAAAUAUGGUUGUUCUUGUUGUCGUGUAUACCUGUUUGAAUGAAUUGAUCUAUUGUUGUUGUUGUUGUUUCCAUAUGAUGUAGACUUUUUUGUAUCUCUUCCAUUUGAAUGUCCUUCGAGUGUGUAUUGCAGUUUCUGUUUUGGGAUCUCUUACAUUUCAGA